AUGAGUGAGUGCAUGAGUGAGUGCAUGAGUGAGUGCAUGAGUGAGUGCAUGAGUGAGUGCAUGAGUGAGUGCAUGAGUGAGUGCAUGAGUGAGUGCAUGAGUGAGUGCAUGAGUGAGUGCAUGAGUGAGUGCAUGAGUGAGUGCAUGAGUGAGUGCAUGAGUGAGUGCAUGAGUGAGUGCAUGAGUGAGUGCAUGAGUGAGUGCAUGAGUGAGUGCAUGAGUGAGUGCAUGAGUGAGUGCAUGAGUGAGUGCAUGAGUGAGUGCAUGAGUGAGUGCAUGAGUGAGUGCAUGAGUGAGUGCAUGAGUGAGUGCAUGAGUGAGUGCAUGAGUGAGUGCAUGAGUGAGUGCAUGAGUGAGUGCAUGAGUGAGUGCAUGAUUGAGUGCAUGAGUGAGUGCAUGAGUGAGUGCAUGAGUGAGUGCAUGAGUGAGUGCAUGAGUGAGUGCAUGAGUGAGUGCAUGAGUGAGUGCAUGAGUGAGUGCAUGAGUGAGUGCAUGAGUGAGUGCAUGAGUGAGUGCAUGAGUGAGUGCAUGAGUGAGUGCAUGAGUGAGUGCAUGAGUGAGUGCAUGAGUGAGUGCAUGAGUGAGUGCAUGAGUGAGUGCAUGAGUGAGUGCAUGAGUGAGUGCAUGAGUGAGUGCAUGAGUGAGUGCAUGAGUGAGUGCAUGAGUGAGUGCAUGAGUGAGUGCAUGAGUGAGUGCAUGAGUGAGUGCAUGAGUGAGUGCAUGAGUGAGUGCAUGAGUGAGUGCAUGAGUGAGUGCAUGAGUGAGUGCAUGAGUGAGUGCAUGAGUGAGUGCAUGAGUGAGUGCAUGAGUGAGUGCAUGAGUGAGUGCAUGAGUGAGUGCAUGAGUGAGUGCAUGAGUGAGUGCAUGAGUGAGUGCAUGAGUGAGUGCAUGAGUGAGUGCAUGAGUGAGUGCAUGAGUGAGUGCAUGAGUGAGUGCAUGAGUGAGUGCAUGAGUGAGUGCAUGAGUGAGUGCAUGAGUGAGUGCAUGAGUGAUGAGUGCAUGAGUGAGUGCAUGAGUGAGUGCAUGAGUGAGUGCAUGAGUGAGUGCAUGAGUGAGUGCAUGAGUGAGUGCAUGAGUGAGUGCAUGAGUGAGUGCAUGAGUGAGUGCAUGAGUGAGUGCAUGAGUGAGUGCAUGAGUGAGUGCAUGAGUGAGUGCAUGAGUGAGUGCAUGAGUGAGUGCAUGAGUGAGUGCAUGAGUGAGUGCAUGAGUGAGUGCAUGAGUGAGUGCAUGAUCCGUGCUGAGCUGGACGGCUCGCUCAUCCCCGUCAGCACCGUCCCCGUCAGCUACCCCGUGGACGAGUUUGUGCCGCUCUUUGCUGAUGUGGCGGUCGGGGAGAGGUCCAUUUGCGUGCUCGCCACCCUACCAGCUGUUGCGGAGGGAUUCUGGCGGGCGGCAAUUCGGGAGGUGAGUAAGGCCCCUCCUUCUUCUCCCCUCCCCUCCUUCCCCUUCCUUCUCCUCAGGUUUUCUUUCUUCCCCUCCCCUCCCCUCUCCCCUCCUGGUGGUACCUGGGUGGAAUGUCGUUUAUUCUCUCUCAACCUUUGUGUUACCUUCUGCCCUUCUGUCCUCUCCACCUCGCCCCCUUCACCCUUUAACUUCACUUCACCGUCUACUUCUGGUCCCUUGGAAACUAGUGAUGCCUUUUUCCCCUCAACGUUGUUCUUUUCGUUCCUCUCCGCUCUUCUCCCCGUCGCCUCAGAACUUCACUAG